AUGGUUAAACUCGAGGAAGUCUCUGCUGAUCAAUACGAAGAGGUUGAAGUUUUGAGCGAGGAGGAAGAUUACUCUGAUUUCUCUGAUGAUGAGUUUGAUGACGAGGAUGAAUCUCUUUUGGACAGAAUCACCGCUUUAAAGGACAUCAUUCCUCUCAAGCACAGAAACAGACUCUCCAACAGUGUCUCUACCUUGAGCUCUUGGGGUAAGACUGGCGCUACUUUUGUGGGCAAGAGUGCUUGGGUUAUCACUACUUCCAUGUUCUUGUUGGUUUUACCCUUGGCUUUGGAGAUUGAAAAGGAGCAAGCUUUGGUUGCUUAUGAAAAGGAAGCCAUGCAGCAACAAGGAACACAACAGAUGUUGGCUGCUGGACAACCUCAAAUUCCUGGACAACCUCAACAGCAACCUCAACAACUCAGAGCUCCCGGCUUCUAA